AAUACAAAUAUAAUAUGAUUAAAAUUUAAAAAACUUUUAAGUUAAAAAUUGAAACUAAAAUAAUAAAUAGCAAAACAUACAAAUAUUAUAUAGGUAUGUUUUGAUUUCUGUGUUUAAAUAACCGCUGGAUUUUUUAUAACAUCAUUAUCAAUAUUCACUAUGGCACAACAUACGAACACUGCUGUAGACGAAGACGCCGCGCUGUUGCAAUUUCCAAAAGAAUUCGAAAACGCUGAAACCUUACUUAUUUCCGAAGUUAAUAUGUUGUUAAAAUUUCGCAAGAAUCAAAAUGAAAGUGCCGAAGAAGAACAAGAAUUUUCGGAAGUGUUUAAUAAAACACUGACGUAUACAGAGCAGUGUUCCAAGUUCAAAAACAAAGAAACCAUUGUAGCUGUGAGGAAUUUACUUGCCAGCAAAAAAUUGCACAAGUUUGAACUGGCAUCAAUUGGUAAUUUAUGUCCUCAACUCGCUGAUGAAGCUAAAUCACUUAUUCCUAGUUUGGAAGAUAGAUUUGAUGACGAUGAAUUACAACAAAUUCUAGAUGAUAUACAAGCUAAAUUAAGUAUUCAGUACUAAUUAAAUUGUACUAAUCACUUUAAAAAAAUUAUGUUAAUGUAUUUAUGCCAAACUUAUAGUCUUUUAUGUUUAUAAUUUUUUAAAUAACUACUAUGGUAUUUAAAAAUAUUUAUGUAUUUUAAUGUUUUAUAUUAUAGCUAUAAUUAAUUCUAUAACUCAAUAAAAUGUCUGAAAUAUUA